ACACUUUACGACAUUGUUGACAACUGUGACCGUCUGCCGUUGGUACCAGAUGGUGAAGAUAUAUAGUUUGUUUAGUUAUGAUUUAGGUUUGUACAAAGCAGUUGUCACUAAAUGAGUGUUUUUGAUUUAUUUCGUGGGUUCUUCGGAGUACCUGGAGGCCAUCAUCGUGGCAGAAGGGACCCCUUCUUCGAUGCUAUGACUCAUGAUGAUGAUGAUGAGGAAGACGAUGAGGAUGGAUUCUACUAUGAUGGGUACCGGGGGGACCAGCAGGACCCUUUUGACAGUGCCUGGAGGUUUGGCUUCAGCUUUGGUCCAGACGGGAUGAGGAUCCAGGAGCCCCCAGUGUUCGGCCACGUCCUCAGGGAGAUGGAGGAGAUCUUUUCCCAGAUGGGCCGCUGGGAUGGACAGCCAGAAUCUGGACAGUUUGGUGUUCCCAGUAUCAUGCGACCACCAUCUCAGGACAAAGCAGAGAUAGGAGGAGGGGGAUCCAGUGGGAAUCCCCUGAGAGACUUUAUGUUGAAAACCCCUGACAGUGGCCUACGAGGGCCUCAACCAGGGACUUCUAGAGAGCCCAGAAUUGAUGGCCACCCUUUUUCCAAGUUCAAUGAUAUUUGGAGACGGGGGCCACAGAAAGCUCCAGAGGAGGAGCACAAAGGAGACAGAGAUCUGGACUCUGCAGUGUCCUCUGGGGGCCUUGACCAGAUUUUGACACCACCUGCUGGUCAGGCACCGAACCAGCCCAGAAUCCGAUCAUUCUUCCAGUCAGUCAGUAUCACCAAGGUGGUGAAACCUGAUGGGACGGUCGAGGAGAGGCGAACAGUUAGAGACGGCCAAGGCAAUGAGGAGACCACAGUGACGCGCUCUGGAGGUCCUGCGGGCCUGGAGGGACCAGACCAUCGGACUGGCUCUGUUUUACCAGGUGGUCAACACCCCUUUUCAGACAUGCGGGAUUAUGACUCAUUAUUCUCCAAAUUCUUUGGAGGGUUUAAAUAACAUGUAAAGUGAAGUAUACUCUCUGGACUUAUUGACCGUAGCUUUUGUACACUGAAAAUAUUUCAGUAUGUGAGUGUUUCUGUAGACCUGUGAGUUGGCAUAUUUAUAAGAUAUGUCUAUAUAUGGACAGAACACAUACAUGACCUUCAGUUGCCAAAAUUACUGUUUUGGAUUAGGGUCACUGGCCUGUUGAUAGCACUGGGUUUUCAACUGAACACGUAGACUAGAGGCGGCCAAUCCCAAAGACAUACAUCAACACCUGGACAAGUCACAAUUACAUAUUUUAUUUUUGUAUUGUCCUGUAGACAGGCCUGUAUGGAUGUGAGUGUGUGAUGCAUCUAAUAAAGUCUUAAUAUAUUUA